AUGUUGUCUACUGAUACCCUCUCCAGUUUUGUUCCGGAGAAUCAGUUCACCGGCGUGGAUACUUUCUCUUUUGAAGAGUUGGGGCUAUCUCCAGUCAGGGAGACUCCCGAUGAUGUGGGGACAACGACAAGGGGCAGGGGCAAGGGCCAGGGGAAAGCCAUGGGCUCUUCCUCGCGAACGGUGGCUGAGGAGGAGGAUGAUGAGGAGACGGGAAAGAGAACGGGUUUAGUUCGUACCCCAUCACCCGUGAUCGCUCUUCAGAUCACGCUGUUUGCAGGCCAGGGAAUAUGCAUCGGCAUCACCAAUCAUCACGCCGUCGCCGAUGGGAGCAGCAUCGUUAAUUUUGUUAAGUCGUGGGGCCGUGCGAACAGAUCUGGAGACGAUGAAGCAUUUCAUCAAGCAGUUGGUAGGCAUUUGCCGGUUUUGGAUCGUAAUUUGGUUGAAGAUCAUGGAAAAUUAGAUUCAAUCGCUUGGAAAUUCGUCAGGAACCGAAAUCCAAAUCUCGAUUUCUCACCAUCUCUGGUGGAAUUUCCGAUCAACAGAGUCCGUUCAACUCUUCUCCUCACAAAAAAUCAAGUCCAAAACCUCAAAAACCAUGUCUACGCCAACACGCCUAAUUCACGCGACGUUUCAUCCUUCACGGUAAUUUCUGCCUACGCUUGGAUCUGCGCGUUGAGGUCGGAGACUUCUUCCGAAGACGACGAGGAAGAGAUUGUCUACUUCUCCUUGGCUGCAGACUGCCGUGGACGGCUUAAUCCGCCGCUGCCGGAAUCAUACUUCGGAAAUUGCCUAGUUUUCGUACGUGCAGGAGCGCGGCGUGGAUCGUUGAAGAAGAAGGGCGGGUUCCUGAUUGCUGUGGAGAGUAUACGAGAGGCGACUCAAAGAAUUUUGCAGAGUGAUCGUGGAGUGGUGGAGAGUGCAGAUUGGCCGUUGGAUUUCAGGAAAAAUAGUGGGCAGUGUGUGGUAUCGGUGGCUGGAUCGCCGAGAUUCGAUGUUUAUGAAGCUGAUUUCGGGUGGGGGAAGCCGAGGAAGCAGGAAUUCGUGCAUCUUGAUCGGCAGAGAUCGAUUUCCCUCUGCAAAUCUAGGGAUUUUGAGGGUGCAUUUGAGAUUGGACUGUCGAGGAACAAGGCCGAAAUGGAUAUUUUUGAACGUGUUUUUGGUGAUCCAAACAUGGCCUUAGAGUGAGAUACCAAUCGAUUUUUUUGGUUUUUCUUCAGUUUUUAAUGACAAAAAUGAUGAUUUCUGUUGUGUUAAUAUUUUAUACGUAUUCUGUAGUAUACCUAAUUAUAGUUUAGCAAGUUAAAUGAGUGAUGAUGAUUCCGCGAAUUUUUGAUGAUGAUAAAUG